AUGUCUUUUCUCAAAGCUGCUUUAAACGACUCUCUCAUCAUUCACCCUCCAGGCUUCUAUAUCAUCGGAUUUGAGACGUUUCCCUUCAUCAGUGUCUACUUCAUCUUUCUAGUGUGUGUUUAUGUGGUGACAGUGCUGUUCAACAGUUUGGUCAUCUAUGUAAUUGCUUUUAAUCAUCGUAUGCACACUCCAAAAUUUUUGGCUGUUGUCAACCUCGCAGUUAUUGAUGUGAUCUUAAACACAUGCACUAUUCCAAGUAUGAUAAAGAUAUUCCUUGUUAAGGACAACUUUGUUCCAUUCAACCUAUGUCUGUUACAAAUGUUUGUCUACUACGCUUUUGGGACUUUGGAGUCAUAUGCACUCGCUAUACUUGCCUAUGACAGGUUGAUCGCAAUAUGUUUCCCUCUGCGUCACAACUCAAUCAACACGCUGCGGAGCAUGUCUUGUAUUGUUGGCCUGACUUGGUCUCUUGCUGUGGGAGUAACAGCGUUUGCAACUGGUAUAAUGACUCGUCUGUCAUUUUGCAGUUCUGUCAGAGUGUUCAGUUAUUUCUGUGACUAUGCGCCUGUGUUUAGACUCGCCUGUAAUGAUUACACACUGCAGUGGUCUGUGGCUGCUUUUCUUACUUUCUUGCUCCUUGCGGGACUGUUUACUUUUAUUCUUCUGUCUUACGGCAGCAUCCUGGUGACUGUGUUCAGGAUGAAAUCGCUGGACAGUCGGGUGAAAGCUUUGGCCACUUGUGUUGAGCAUCUCAUUCUUGUUGCUGUCUUUUACAUUCCUCUCAUUACCAUUUUUACUAUUGGUUUUUAUCUGCGUCUCAUUGACCCGGACCAGCGUGUGCUGAGCCUGUCGCUGGCCUCCUGCAUCCCACCCUGCAUCAAUCCCAUUGUAUAUUCUUUGAAAACAAAAGAGAUCAAAAUCAGAGCCCUGGCACUGGUAAGAAAAACUAAAAUUGGCACAGAGCAAUGUAAGAACAAACUGAAGAGCUAA